AUGGAGGAGGUAGAGUUAGGCACGACCCAGACACAGAAGGUCAUGACGUACGAGGAGGUGAAGAAAAUCUGCAGAGAAAGCAAUCUGUACGAAACGGACGAGUUGAACGAAGUUCUCUACCUACACAUGAAGGGCUUCCACAGCAUCGGUGGUUUGGCAUCGUUUACCAACCUCAAGUGCCUCUUCCUCAACAAUAAUUGCAUAAAGGAAAUUGAAAACCUAGGUGGACUCACCAACCUGCGGGCCUUGUAUCUCCAAAACAACGACAUUCAUUCGAUAAAAAACAUAGAGUGUACAUCCCUUGUAACUUUGAACUUAGCGAACAACAAAAUUAAGAGACUUGGAAAUCUGGGCCAUCUGAAGGGGCUCCAAACGCUCAACGUAUCUCACAACCUUAUCGAAGAAAUAGAGGACAUUGCGGAAGUUGCUAAGCUCCACAAUCUCUCCCAUCUAGAUUUAUCUGGCAACCACUUGAACUUCCACGAAGGGAUAGAUGCUGAUAACCUGAAGAACUUUUUACACGACAUGGAUGGGUGUUCUUCUGCUGGUCUUCACCAUUUGGGGGCAGAUGACAAGCACGGUAUGGCACUGGACGAGGCGACUACGCUAGGUACACUUUGCCCUCCCCAUCGAUCUACCCUUUUUGAAGAAUUUCUACAUCUCCGUGAAGACCCCCCAGAGGAUGGAUGUGAAAGGGAACCCCCUCGAAAAGUCAAGUACCACCAAAAUGUCCAAUCGAUGGACCAACUGACAAGGAAGAAAAUUAUAUUUCUGUGUGAACUGAUUAUUCUGUUAAAUCAGUUGGGGAAGCUAAGAACGCUCCUCGUUAAAAACAAUCCAUUCCUCAGCAAAAUCAGGCAUGCCUCUAGGUACCUGGUUGCCAAUAUACCCAAUCUGACCUUCCUGGACGAUAAGAAGAUAAAGAAAGAGGAUAUCUGCCUGGCGAGAAUGUUCUUGAAAAGGGGGCCCGCGCAAGAAAUGGAACUUAAAAAAAUAUUUGAGAAAAGAAAAAUGGAAAAAUACAAAAACUUAUCGGAGAAGUUUCAUGCGUUUCUCAUGGCUCAAAGUGGAGGCUCCUGA